AUGGAACAAAUACAAGACCAAACUUGUCCUAUUUGUUCGGAAAACAAAGAUGAUUUAAGAAUACUGCCAUGUUGGCAUUUAGCAUGUAUGAAUUGUAUACUUAACAUGUCACAAUGUGGCGAGGGAAGAGCUGUAAAAUGUCAUGAGUGCAGACAAACAAGUUUAUUCGAAAAUAUUCGUUGCCUUCCCAAACCUUUGAGAUGUGGAUGUUGCAACCAAUUUCUCAAAAAUUCAAAAGUUAUGCCAUGCUGUUCAAAACUGUACUGCAUCGAUUGCAUCACGAAGCAAUCAACAGGAACGGGUGCUUGGUUGGUUUGUCCAGGUGGUUGUUCAUACCAUUUCUACAGUGUCGAUGAGUUACCAAAAUCGAAGUUAUGUAGUUUGUGUUUUCGUUUGCAUUCCGACGAUGCUUCGUUAUGUGACCACUCUAUUUGUAUUGAGUGUAAUCAAAAACUGCAGAAAAACGAAAGGGGGUGUCCGUUGUGUUUGGCAGUAAGAAAUCCAGCGCCAACACCGACAAAUCCUAUUCACCCCAGUCAGAACCGAAUCAAUAUAACCAUGGAAGAGUUGGAAAAUUUGAAUUAUCAACCUCAACAAAAUCGAACUGAAUUUUUGAAUGCUCUGCAAGCAUUAAGCCUUAUUCAUCAAUUGAACCGAUCUGAAAACAACGUAGAAAGUAUUCAAGAAAGACAAGCUGCACGGACGAGGAAAAUCAUUCAAGAUGACUUGCCAAAAGCAUUUUUGGUUCUCACUUGCGUCUUUGUAGCUGGUUACUUCUAUGGAAUGAAUAUAAUGUUGUGGAUUAUCUUGGGAGCAUCAAUGCUAAUCACGAGACCUCAUCUUGAAUCAGCUGUAUUUAUUUGUCAAAUCCUUAAUACAGGAUUGUGGAUAAUAAAUCUCUACACUAAUUUUUAUCAAGUAAUCAUUUUUACACUAGUUCAAAUAGCUUUUGGUCUACUAUUAGAAAUUAUGUAUCGAGUCGCGUUCAAUGGUCGCGAUUUCUAUCGACAAACUAUUCAUUUGUGGAUUUGUUCGGCGUUUAGCCUUGCCAUACCUUGGGCCUUUUUUCCAGACUUAUUUGUUCACGUUGUACUGUCUGCAUGUCUUGUUAUGUUUUUGACAAAAUACUUGAAAUAUAGAAAGCGUGAGAACAUGUCUUAAAAUCUAAUAAAUAUCUUAUAUUUUGAAUAAUUAUUAUGCUUUCAUU